CAGACGGCCGCUCUGCGAGCCACGGGAGCCGGCGAGCGGCCCCCUCCUCGCACCGCCUCCGCCUCCUCCCCUCCCCUCCUCCCGCCCCACCUCUGCGCGAGCGGCGGAGUCGCCCUCUCCCUGCCUCUUUCUCCCGCUCCCGCUCGCUCGUCUCUCUCGCUGAUACUUCCCCCUGCUGUGCUCCACGGAACCCAAGCAUUCUCAGCGCUAACCUUAGGGACCAAUGGUGCUCGAAAAGCCUAGAAAAAGCCGCUUUGGGCAGAGAUAGUUGGAAGCCCCUCGUCCCUUCCCCCUCUCCCGGCGCAGCCCGUGCCCGGCGCAGCACCUUCUCGCUCCUGCACGCUCUGUUUGGGAGGACGGGGUGAGAAGGUGAAGUGGAAAGAACUGCAGAGCAGAGGGGGCCCGUCUCAGAGCUCAGAUUUCAUUUUCAUUGAAGCAAAGCACAGAAGAGCAGUUUUUUUUUAUUCUGCAUUUUUUCCUUUUUAAUUUUUUUUUUUUUUUAAGAAACUUAUUUUGGGGGGGGUUGCUCUGGGCAUUUGCCUUGCCCAGUAGUUGAAAAGUGAACUCGACUCGUGAUGGUUCUCCUGUCACUUUGGUUGAUAGCAGCCGCUCUGGUAGAGGUUAGGACUUCAGCUGAUGGACAAGCUGGUAAUGAAGAAAUGGUGCAAAUAGAUUUACCAAUAAAGAGACAUAGAGAGUAUGAGCUGGUGACUCCAGUCAGCACAAAUUUUGAAGGACAUUAUCUCUCCCAUAUUCUUUCUGCAAAUCACAAAAAGAGGUCAACGAGGGACGUGUCUUCCAACUCUGAGCAAUUGUUCUUUAACAUCACAGCCUUUGGAAGAGAUUUUCAUCUGCGACUAAAGCCCAACACUCAGCUAGUAGCUCCUGGGGCAGUUGUGGAAUGGCAGGAGACAUCUCUGGUGCCUGGGAAUAUAACCGACCCUGUUAAUGCUCAUCAACCAGGAGUUGCUUCAGAAAGAAUCUGGAAAACAGAGCCUUUGCAGACUAACUGUGCUUAUGUUGGUGACAUCAUGGACAUUCCAGGAACCUCUGUUGCCAUUAGCAACUGUGAUGGUCUGGCUGGAAUGAUAAAAAGUGAUAAUGAUGAGUAUUUCAUUGAACCUUUGGAAAGAGGUAAGCAGAUGGAGGAAGAAAAAGGAAGGAUUCAUGUUGUCUACAAGAGAUCAGCAAUAGAACGGGCUCCCAUAGACAUGUCCAAAGACUUCCACUACAGAGGUAGGCAUCUUUGACAAGGCUUGAUGAUUAACUCUAAUUUUAGGAUGUGUGAAAACCACUCUCCUGUCAGUUAAGAGAAUGUGAUUGUCAUGUGCUCUUGUAUAAUACGGAGGGAACAAAAGAAGUUUAUAUUUAUAAAUCAUGAAAUAUGGUUGUCUUUUUUUAAACACAUAGAGGAAUAUAUGUUAUAGGUAUCAUUUUAUUCCAGUGCAUUAUUGGGUCCCCAAUAUGUUUGUUAUUUACGGGUUUUUUUAAAGUUUCACAUUAAAAUUAUCUUUUCUCUAGCUUAUGUUAAAAUUUGAAAAUAUUUUUGCCUUCCAGAAGUAUCUAAAGUCUGAGUUAUUAAUAUUAUUUUAAAACUUUUUAAAUGAGGUAUACUGGCAUGGCAAGGAGUUGUAUUUUAUUUUAAGACCAGUAUGAUAGAUACAUUUGAAAAUAAGAAUGCUAUUUGACUUUAAGGUCUAUCUUGCAAAACUUUGCAGUGUGGAAGAAACCAUGGGUCGAAUGAUUCUGUCUAAUUUUAUUCCAAAGUAGGCUGGACCACUAAAGUCAAGUAAGUUAUGACACCUGAAGGUUUUCUAUUUUUUUGUUUGUUUUAAUGAAAUCUGAAAGUAACUUGGAAUUAAAGAAAUGUUCUUAUAAGUUGGGUAUGGAAGUUCCCUUUAUGGAGAAGAAAGGAAAUUUGGGAAUCUAUGUUUUUUUUAAGGAAAUCUCAAAAAGUCUAUGUUUACUUUUGUCAGGUUAGCUUUCUGAAUUAAAAGUAAUGGAAAUUUCCCCUAGGGAAAUGUCGGGAAUAUAAAUGAUCUUAAUUUAGCAGUCAUCUGUCUUCUAGAUUAAUCAUGUCUUGCCUUUUGAAAGUUAUUACCUGGAAUGAUUCAAUUUAAAAGAAAUUUAAAAUUAACACGGCCUGAAAAUUUUUUGGGAAAUUUCUGAUUUGAAACAACAGGACUGUGUUAAUAAUAGAUGCCAUCCUAGGAAAUGCACAUCUGUCCUAGAGGGUCCCUGUGGUGUAACAAAGAGAAUGCACUUUGCAGUUGGAUAGACAGGUGUGAGCAAUAACUCUACAGCAUCCAGUUGUUCUGCUGCCUUCGAUUGUAGUUAACCUUUCUGAGCCUCAGUUUCUUUAUCUGUGAGAAUUAAAAAUACACUGCAAAAUUGUAAUAAGGGUUAGAAAUAAUUUGCACAAGUUGCUGAAUGUAGCUUUCAACCAUAAUAGAUGCUUAAUCAAUGCUAGUCAUUGUAAUUAAUUAUUAAUAUUAAUUCUUUUGUGCAAAAGAUUUACCUUAGGAGUUUUGUUAAGGUUGAGCGGUUAGAGAUUGUUUACUUUCAUGUUGUAAAUAUAUCACUAUUAAUUAUCAUUUGUAUUUUCAUGUUUUAAAAGUCAUUCUAAAUCAGAAGACGGGUUAUGUCAAAGGAUAUAAAGGGUACUUUUUCUAUAGUCUUAGUUGUUCCGUAUUAAUGAUAUCUAAUAUCUCUUUUGGGACAGUGGUUCAAUAUCUUUUAAAGGCAGAGCCCACACGUUAUGGAAUUGUGUACUGGAGGACUGCAGACCAGAUGAGUUGCUAUGGCUGUCCUCCUCUUUGCUCCAGCUGUCAUACUUAGAGUUUCACCAAGUAGCACUCUAUUGGUCCAUUUCAGUCGUGAAGCUAUCUGUUUCUAUAAAUAUCAGCCCUGGUACUUUUCAGUAGUCUGAUAUUUAUAGGAAAAAAGAGAAGGUUAUUUUUUUUUCUUGAAAUAAGAACUUUGCAAGAAAUAUUAUGUUUAAUAUGUAUCAUAUUUUUAGGUGCUAGUUUAGGGAAAAUAAUUUAGUAGUUAAGAUAUAUAAGUUUAAAAUAAUUGGAUAUGAUUAAGGUAAUUUGGGACAUUAUUUUAGGAAAUUAUUUAAAAUAGAAAUUUCAGUAGCAUCAACAUCAACAUACUCAGGUUUUAUAAUGAGUCAUUUUUAAGAAUGCAGAUGCUGAUGAAUGUUUAUUUUGAGUUUUAAAUUGUGAGUAGAAGAUUACGUUAUAGUAGAAAUAGGCUACAAGCUAGAGUAAUAUAUUUUGGAAACGUUUUAAAUGGUCAAGGGCAAAGCAAAAGGGAUUCCUUUGUUAACUCUCAAUUCCCUUGAAACUUGACCCAACAUAGAAUCAUUCAGCUUUCUUAGAAUGUUCCAUGAUAAACCUUAGUAUGAGCUUAACAAUUUUUAUUUUCUUAUUUAUGAAGUUCUGAUUGAACUGAGUUUCUAGUGAUAUCAAUUUACUUCCUUUUGAGACUCUUAAAUAGUAACCGUAUAUUUUAGAAGUGUAAAUCUCUUCCUAGGGUAAAAAGAGAUUCAGAUUCAGAACUUUAAGUACCAUAUUAUAACUUUUAAAUUCUUCUAUUAACUUCUUGAUCAUAGGAGUGAGAGCCAAGCUUUUUCAGGGACUAAAUACUUUCCAAGUGAAAUUAAGAAUAUAUUUUUAUACCUUAUUCCAUCAUUCUAAAAUGUAAAACUGAACUGAUUCUAGGAUUAGAAAUGUAUACUGAUUUAUAAAUGAAAACUGUAGUAUUAUAUAAAAUAGUGUUUUUUCUAGAUCAAUUCAGGAUAUCGUUUUAGGAGACAAGGGAAGUCAUUCUUCAAUGAGUUAUAGGAAGAGGAAUAAAAUACAUAAGAUAAGACUUACUUAGAAAGAAAUGCACUUGCGGGCCAUGGUCUUCAUAAAUUUCUCUGACAGAAAAUCAUGAGGAAAAGUUUAGAUCAUAAACAAGGAACUUCUGAUCCUACAGAGUUUCUUCAGUAGGGCCCCUGUGAAGAAACAUUCAGCUAUAUUUUGCUAGUUGUCACAGUAAUUGCCUGGUCAUAUUUCUUCUUUGUCAGCUUGGCAACUCAGAACUCCCAUUCAUGUGAGGUCAGUAGUUUGUUGCAAGUGUUCUAAAUUAAAGCCAAUUAUAACCUGAACUAGGUGAGUAGUUAGUGAGAUGGAGCGAAGGAACCAAAUUGGAUUGAGAUUGAAGUAAAACUGAUGGGGCUAUUUGAUGGAGUAGAUAUUAGGUCUGGAGAGAGAGCGAGUGAUCAAGGAUGACUCAGAAUUCUAAUCUGGCAGACUAGAGAAUUCUCUUUCCAGAUUUUAGGUAUUUAAAAUGAGAAAUAGAAAUCAGCUUGAUGGAGGAUGACAAAUGGGUAUAAUUUUGGAUAUAUCAAGUCCAAAGAUCCAUUGAAACAGAGAGUGAAUUUUAAAAAAUGCAUGUAUAUUUUCAUAAUCAUGUUGCAGAGUCAAUGAAUGAAUGCCCUUCUAUAUGUGUUGUGGUGGGGGUGGGUGGAGGUUAGCUUGCAAGUCAGGU